AUGGAAUUUUUGGAUUCCAAUAUUGAUAGAAUAUCUAUUAUUUUUUCUUGUAAACAAUGGUACAAAGAUAGAGACCAAAUAAUCAAUCUUAAUGUACAAACUUUAGAAAAAAACUAUGAAUAUUAUCAACAGCACUCUAUUUUCUAUUUUAAAUCAUCAAUUCUCACAUAUCUAAAUAAAGUAAAUUAUAAAAAUAUAAAACUAUCAAAUUUUAGUGAAUUUGAAAGAAAUACAUUAAAUAAAUUUAAUAGUAGACAUAUUAAAUUAAAUAAUUUAUUUAAUGAAAAAUUGGAAGAUCAUACCCUCCCAAAAGCAACUUUACAUCUAAAAUUUGGAUAUGAAUUCAAUCAACCUAUUGAAUUAAAUGUAUUGCCCCCAAAUUUGAAAUAUCUAUCAUUUGGUUCCAAAUUUAAUCAACCUUUGUUGAUUGGAUCAAUUCCUGAUGGUGUAGAAUAUUUGGAGUUUGGUGAUCAAUUCAAUCAAACAUUGGAGGUUGGUAGCAUUCCUUCGAGUGUAAAGAUAUUGAAAUUUGGAUACUAUUUCAAUCAACCAAUCAUUAAAGGAGCCAUUCCAAAUGGAGUCAAAGAGCUACAUACGUCCGUACUUUUCAACCAACCGAUUGAAGAAGGGGUCUUACCAAACUCAAUUGAAAAGUUAAUUUUCGGUUGGGGAUUUGACCAAAAUCUUCAAUUUAUUCCAAAAUCAGUGAGGAGAUUGCAUUUGGGUUGCAGAUUUCACAAGUCUUUAAUUCCUAUUGAAGAUCACCUUAUUGAAACUCUCCAUAUUUAUUCAUAUAGAAUACAAUAUGGAGCUAUUCCAAAGUCAGUAAGGAAUCUAAGUGUGUCCUCUAUAAUCGAACUUCCUGUUCCUGAUUUUGUUCAGACUCUUUUUUUGGUGGAUUACUUUAAUCAAGAGAUUCCUGUGGAUUCACUACCGAGCAGUAUUAGAUUCCUACAUUUUGGAGAUGUCUAUAAUCAACGAAUGGUCCCAGGAUCGAUACCAAAUGGUGUAGUGGAAAUUUCAUUUGGAAAUUCAUUUGAUAAACUUAUCAGUCAUGAAGUGAUACCGACAUCAGUUAGAAAAAUUAAAUUUGGCGACUCUUUUAAUCAGAACCUCCAAAGCAAUGGUGUUUUACCCUCAGGUUUGAACUUCAUUGAAUUUGGAAAGACUUUUAAUAUGCCCAUUUCAGAGACAUUCAGUCAUAUGAAUUCUAUAAAAUCAAUCAAGUUUGGAACUAAUUUUGACAAUUCAAUAGAAGCAAGUGAUCUACCAGAUGGCUUGGAAUCAUUGGAGUUUGGAGAGAAAUUCAAUCAUGAAAUUUCUCAAUCACUGCCUGCUACUUUGAAAAAUCUGGUAUUUGGAAAUAACUUUAAUCAAAAACUAGAUCAACUUCCAGGGAAAUUGAAACAUCUUGUUCUUGGAAAGGGAUUCAACCAAAAGAUUAAUUUUUCAAAUUCAGAAAUCAAGUCUUUAGUAAUUGGUUCAGUAGAUUUGCUACAAGAGAAUCAAUUUAACCUACCAAAGUCUCUUCGAAGUAUGGAUAUUACAAUUUCAGAUUGUAAAUACAAAUUAAGAUUAUUACAGAAUGAAGAAAAGCUAUUCGUUUCCAAUAAUAAUUUAGUUGGUGGAUUCAUAAGUCAAUCAAAAUUUUUAGAAAAAUUUAAAUAA